AUGUUUCCCACCCUCCUGCAGUCGGUGCUUCUGGCAUCGGGUUUUGUGUCAACUACGAACGCUCUGAACCAUCAAUUGAUAGUCGGAACAUUCGGUACACCAUUCCUGUACACCUUGGAAUUCGAAGAUGCUGCCCGCACGCUCACUCUAGCUGCGAACACGUCCGUUAACGUGAGCAGCUCAUGGAUUUCUUUGAGCCAUGACAAGAAGGUGAUUUAUGGAAAUGCUUUCGAAGAUACAGGCAGUAGCGUCUACGUCAGCUAUCCCCUUACCGAUGAUCUGCAGAUCUCUCCCGGUAAUACGGUGACAUCCCAAGGAUCGUGCAAGCAACUCUCGAUUUUCGUCAGGCCAUCGCCCGUCUCCCCAUAUGCAGUCUAUGGUCAACCAUUUGGUGCUUGUGGAACUGUCAUGUCCGUAGACUCCGAUGGUCUUCUCGUUGAGUCGAUCCAGGAAUACAACUACUCCUCUUCCUCUGGAGUUCAUGGUACUGCUUUCGACCCAACCGGAGCAUUCAUGUACUCACUCGACGACACGGGGAACGCCAUUUGGGUACAUUCUGUCGACAACUCCACUGGAGAGUUGACCUAUGUGGCCAAUGUUACUGCUCCUGUUGAAGGCGCCGAUCCUCGGCAUGGUACUGUUCACCCCACGGGCAACUAUCUAUACGCCGUUCAUGAGGGAACGAAUGAGGUCGGGGUUUACAAAAUCGACACCAGCACGGGCAUCCCAACAUAUGCUGAUACCUCAUACCCACUGAUUCCUGAUAGCGCAAAUGAUACCGAGUACUGGUCGGACGAGGUUGCUCUUUCGUACAGCGCAAAAUAUCUCUGGGCUACCUCGCGAGCACGCAACACCAACAGCACCGGGUACAUUUCAAUCCUGGCUCUCAACGACGACGGAUCUGUGAACAAGCAAAACUUCCUGACUCCAACAACCUCCAGCGGCGGAAGCGCAAACGCUGUUACGCCAAGCGACUUUGGAGAUCAAUUCGUCGCUAUCACUGACAGCUCAGCCGGUUUCGUUGAGAUUUGGGAAAUGGGCGACGAUGGUGCCUCUGCCGAUGUUGUGGCUCACUUGGACCUCAACGACGGAGGUUGCUGCGCGAACGCCGUUUGGCUCCCUUGA